AUGUCUUCGUUGACUAUUGUUGGAGUGGAGGGCCGCCAAGUCAUAGUUCCUUCGGGUCUCUUCAUUCACAAUGAAUUCGUUCCGUCCGUCACUGGCCAAACAUUACGCGUGGAGAACCCUUCGACGGGCGAAGAGCUCGGAACCAUCUCGGCUGCUGGAAAAGAGGACAUUGACAAGGCAGUUGAGUCGGCCAAGGCAGGUCUGCAGGCCUGGAAGGCAGUUCCUGGGCCUGCCAAGGGUCGCUUUCUUCUGAAGGUGGCCGAUCUGAUUGAGCGUGAUGCCCAGGAUCUUGCAUCGCUCGAGGCUGUGGAUGCCGGAGUGCUCUAUACAGACUCCAUGGGAAUGAAUAUUCCACAGGCACUCGGCUGUCUUCGAUACUAUGCUGGCUGGGCUGAUAAGAUCGAUGGAAAGGUGCUCGACAUGGAAGGUGGCAUCGCCUACACUCACCGUGAGCCACUGGGUGUGUGUGCCGCCAUCGUUCCCUGGAAUGCUCCCUUAAUGAUCACAAUUUGGAAGCUAGCCCCGGCCUUGGCCACUGGUAAUGCCCUGAUCAUCAAGAGUUCGGAGAUGUCGCCGCUUUACGCCCAGCGGCUAGCACAGCUUGUGAAAGAAGCGGGCAUCCCAGCUGGUGUGGUUAAUAUUGUGACCGGCGAGGGGGCUAGCGCUGGUCAGGCUUUAUCCGAACAUAGGGAGGUGCGCAAGGUCGCUUUCACUGGCAGUGCAGUCGCAGGUCGUAAGAUUCUGCAAGCUGCGUCGCGGACCAACUUGAAGAAGGUGAGCUUGGAGUUGGGAGGUAAGGGGCCCUCGAUCGUUUUUGAUGAUUGUGAUCUCGGAAAUGCCUUGCUCUGGACCCGUAUUGGAAUUACCGCGAACAAUGGCCAGAUUUGUGCGGCUGGCUCGCGCAUCUAUGUUCAAGAGUCGAUCUACGAUCGCUUCGUGGAAGCAUAUCAGAGGGCCGCUGCCAAUGCUCCAUCCAUCGCUGGCAAUCCGCUAGAUGCUGCUACCACCAAGGGCCCUGUGGUUAACUACGCUCAGCACCAAAAGAUCUUGGAUUAUAUAAGACAGGGGAAGGAGUCUGGGGCGAGGCUGCUAUUCGGAGGCGAAAGAAUUGGCCACAAGGGAUACUUUGUUCAGAACACAGCCUUUGCUGACGUGGCGGACAACGCGACAAUCAUGCGUGAGGAGAUCUUCGGCCCCGUUGCAAGUAUUGCCAAAUUCUCCACCGAGGAAGAAGUCAUUGCCAAAGCCAACGACUCUCAUCACGGUCUGAGUGCGGCUAUUUUCACCAAUGACAUCAACCGUGCCCACCGUGUCACGAGAGCAAUCGAGUCCGGCCAAGUAACAGUGAAUGCAUGGGCGAUGCUCAGUCCCAAUGUUCCAUUCGGCGGAGUGAAGGAGAGUGGAUUCGGGCGUGACAUGGGCGAGGAUGCUAUGGAAGGCUGGACAACAGUUAAGGCAGUCAAGUAUCAUAUCCUUCCUCGCCUGUAA